AUGGAACCUUUUCAAGAUCCUAUUGCUAUUGAAGAGUAUAGAAGGAAGUUAGGCUUUCAGAAUUGCAAGGUGAAUUGUUCAGGAAAAAUCUGGAUUUUUUGGACAGAUGAAUGGCUAGGUGUAGUUAUAUCUGAAUCAGAACAGCAGGUGACUUUGCAACUAACUCACUCAUCCUUGAAUCAAUUAGUGUUGGUGUCAGUAGUCUAUGCUAAAUGUGAUAGACAUGAGAGGGAGGAGUUGUGGGAAGAUAUGGUAGCCUUGGCAAAUCAGCAAGACCUUCCUUGGAUAAUAGGAGGGGAUUUUAAUGUCAUAGUGUCUGAUGAGGCAAAGCAAGGUGGCCUUCCAGUCUCAUCCAAUGAGACCUUGGAUUUUUCUACCUGUAUACAAAGUUGUGGUUUGAUUGAUGUAGGAUUCACUGGAAGUAAAUUCACCUGGUGGAAUGGAAGGACUGAAGAAGAUUGCAUAUUUAAAAGGUUAGAUAGAAUCCUGAUUGCCACUAUUGAAGAUACUAUAAAGGUGAAGGAGUUGCAGUUGGAAAAUAAUGCUUCAAGGGAGAAUAGAAUGUUGUUACAUCAAGCACAGGCUGAACUAACCAGAUUUUUACACUUGGAGGAAGAGUAUUGGAAGCAGAAAGUUGGUAUGAAAUGGUUCAAUGAUGGAGAUAGAAAUACAAAAUUCUUCCAUUCAUAUGUGAAGGGCAGGAGGAAUAAAUUAACUCUGAAAAGAAUACAAGAUCCUUCUGGUACAUGGUUGGAAAAUGAAGUAGAUAUUGGUUCUGAGGCAAUCAGGUUCUUUGAAUCACAGUUUAGUGAAGAAAAUUCAGGAGGGGAUUAUGCAUUGUUGAAAAAUCUUCCUAAAUUGAUAACUGAAGAACAACAAAAGAAUAUGGAAGAGUUGCCAUCCGAAAGUGAAGUAAAGGAGGCUGUGUUUUCACUCAAUGGGGAUAGUGCUAGUGGGCCUGAUGGCUUCACAGGACAGUUUUAUCAGAAGUGUUGGGAGGUUAUCAAGCUGGAUGUGAUUCAAAUGGUUAGAGCUUUCUUUUGUGGUUGUGAGAUACCACAAUUCAUCACACAUACUAAUAUGGUUUUGUUACCAAAGAAGGUGGUUAUUACUACUUUUAGUGAUAUGAGGCCUAUCAGUCUCAGCUCUUUCUCCAUCAAGAUACUGUCAAAAAUACUGCAGAAUAGAUUGGCAAAGUUUGGGUUUGGAGAGGUUCUCAUUGAUUUAGUAUGGAGAUUGCUUUCAAACAACUGGUAUUCAGUAUUAAUCAAUGGUCAAAGUCAUGGUUUUUUCAGAUCAAGUAGGGGGGUAAAACAAGAUGAUCCACUUUCUCCUACAUUGUUCAUUAUAGCAGCAGAGGUCUUAACAAAGAGUCUGAAUAAGUUGCAUGAGAAGCCAAGUUUCAUAGGCUAUGGAAUGCCAAAAUGGAGUCCUCAAAUCAAUCAUCUAUCACAUGCUGAUGACACAAUAUUAUUUUGUUCUGGGGAUGGAUAUUCUUUAAAGAAAAUGAUGAGGAGAUUGAGGAAUUAUGAGAAGGCUUCAGGACAGCUGGUCAAUACUGAUAAAAGUUGUUACUAUGUUCAUCACAUGGUCUCAGCCAGAGUAAAUAGCAGGAUUAAAAGACAUACUAAGAUGAGAAAUGGAUCCUUUCCUUUCACAUAUUUAGGCUGUCCAGUGUUUUAUGGAAGAAGGAGAUUGAUAUAUUAUGAGGAUCUGAUCAAAAAAGUGAUGAAAAGGAUUCUAUCUUGGCAAAACAGACUGUUAUCUUUUGGAGGUAGAUAUGUGCUGAUUAAUCAUGUGUUGCAAACCAUGCCAGUAUAUUUACUAUCAGCCAUGAAUCCUCCUUCUGGGGUGAUAAAGCAACUGCACAAUAUCUUUGCCAAAUUCUUUUGGAGCAAUACAGUAGGGGUGAAAAGCAAACAUUGGGUGGCAUGGGACAAAUUAUGUCUACCAAAAGAUGAAGGAGGCAUUGGUCUUAGAUCACUAACUGAUAUAUCUAAGGCUUUAUUUGCUAAGUUGUGGUGGAACUUCAGAUGUGGAAGAAGCUUAUGGGGUAGCUACAUGUUGAAUAAAUACUGCAAGAAGUGGCAUCCUAUUAUGGCAGUAGAGAGAGGAGGAUCUCACACAUGGAAGAAGAUGGUAAAUAUAAGAGAUGCAGUUGAGCCACAGAUAUUCUGGUAUCUGAGAAAUGGAACUUCAAGUUUCUGGUAUGAGAAUUGGACAAGGCUUGGGGCAUUAUAUUAUAUCAUUCCUGAUGCUGCUAGAGAAGAAGUAAUAGAGGUUAGACAGUUUGUGCAGAAUGGGGAAUGGAACAUGGAACUGUUAAUAGUCACUCUAGAUCAGGAAUUGGCUCAGCAUAUCAAGGAAAAUAUCAAAGUGCCAGUUGAAGAAGAGGAUGAUGAACCAUGUUGGAUGCUGGAAACAAAUAGCAAAUUCUCAGUUAAAUCUGCAUGGGAGUUUCUCAGACACAGAGAGAGCAAACAAACAAGUUAUAAGUUCAUGUGGGAGAAAGGGCUGCCAAUAAAGAUAAGUUUUUUCAUGUGGAGAGUGUGGAAAGGGAGAAUCUCUACAGAUGAUAUAUUAAAAAGGAUGAUGAUAAAUAUACCAUCAAGAUGCUGGUGCUGUGAGGAGCAUAAGGAGGAAACUGUAGGUCAUUUAUUUCUAACAUCUUCCAUAGCUGUCAAGUUAUGGAAGUUCUUUGCUUCUUGUGCAGGUAUCCCCACAGAUGGAGUUGGUCUACAUCAAAUGAUCAUGGAAUGGUGGUCUGCUGAGACAAAGCCAAAAUUGCAGCCUAUGUAUAAAGCAAUGCCUGCAGUGAUAAUGUGGUCAUUAUGGAAGAGAAGAAACUCCAUUAAACAUGGAGGAUCAGUGUCCUUCUACAGACUGAAACAACAAGUACAACACAUACUACAUCAACUGACACGGAAGAGAUUCCCAUGGCUGCAGAAUGUAUUUGGUGAUUGGGAAACUAUGCAUCACCACCUUAGUAGAUAUAAACCAAAAGUUUAUUAUGCUAAGGUGGUAUGGAGAAUGCCACUUUCAGGGAGAUUAAAAUGCAAUACAUAUGGGGCAAGUAGAGGCAAUCCUGGGCUCAGUUCAUAUGGUUUCUGCAUCAGAGAUAGUAAUGGGGAUUUAGUCUAUGCUGAAGCACAACAAAUGGGAAUAUCUACAAACAUGGAAGCUGAAACUGAGGCUCUAAAACAAAUUGAAGAGACCAAACAGGAUAUGAGAGCUAUGCAGGUACAGAUUAACCAUAUAUUCAGAGAAGGCAACAGGUUGGCAGACUUUCUAGCAAACCAGGCUUUGGAUCAUGCAGGGAUCAAAGUUCAUGACUUUAUGCUCAUGCCAUCAGAAGGAAGAAGAAUUCUCAAUAUGGACAAAUUACAACUGCCUCAGCUGAGGAUUAGAACAAGGAGGAUUCAACAGAUUAAUCAUCAACAAUGA